GGGUGCAAGCUGCUGUGCACCAGCUCCAGCCCGGGGAACGGGGGCUUCCUCUCCAUCCCCACCAGAUUGAUAAACGCCGCUUCCAUAAGACACCAGUUUGACACUUUCAGCUCGCACGAGGAAGGAGACAACCCAGGAUGUGCCCCCCGCUCCCCUUGCGCUGCGAGGCUCUGGCUACCUGGGCUGCCAAAAAUAAACACGCUCCCACCCCCCCCACCCCCCGCCCUCCCCAUUUCUUCUUCAAGCACUGGCAGUUAUGAAAGCGCUGCUUGCCGAGCCCUCGCCGAGACCCUGCUGCUCAUUUGCCUGAGGUUCAGCUUUUCCCCAGAUGCAAAUGCCGUCAGCUCCGGUUCCACCAAGAGUGCCGCCGCUGAGAUGGAGGCCCCACUCCCCGGUCUCUCCCUGCUUCUGCUCCUCCUGGCAGCGGGAUGGGGAAGCGGGGCGGCCGCAGCCUGGGCAACAUCUCCUGGUGGCUGCGAGCUCGUGCAGAGCACCGCCGACUGCACUGGGAGAUGGCUGAGAUCCGUCCCAGGAAACCUUCGGGGUGAUACCGAGGAGUUGUUGCUUGAUGAGAACACUAUCCAGGUUCUGGGCAACACCUCCCUGCUCUCGUACCACCAGCUGCGGUGUCUCAGCCUGACCAAGAACCGCCUGGAACUGAUCGAGCCCGGCGCCUUCCUCAGCAGCCAAGGCCUCCGCACGCUCUCCUUGGCAGACAACCUCCUCUUCACCAACUGCUCGCUGACAGCAGCUUCUCUUUCCGCUCUGCCAGCCUUGAGGACGCUGGAUCUAUCCGGAAACCGCCUCACUGAGGACAUGGUAUCGGUUUUGGUCUGGAACCUGUCUUCCUUGGAGUCCUUGUCCGUGGCCAGGAACAUCAUCAUGAGGCUGGACUCGUCUGUCUUCACAAACCUGACACACCUGUUGGAGCUGAACCUGGAGAAGAACUACAUCUUUGAGAUUGACCAAGCUUUCGAAGGGCUGCAGAGGCUGCAGAGGCUCAAUUUAGCUUACAACUACCUCCCAUGCGUGGUGGAGUUCGGCCUGACCCAGCUCAGGGUGCUCAAUGUCAGCAACAAUGUCAUCGAGUGGUUUCUGGCCCUGGAAAGCGAUGACCUCUUUGAGCUGGAGGUGCUGGACCUGUCCCACAACCGCCUCCUCUUCUUCCCCGUGUUGCCCCGGCAGAGCAAGCUGCACUCGUUGCUGCUGAAGGACAACGAGAUGAGCUUCUACCAGCGCCUCCCCAACGGCACAUCCCUGGCAGACGUCACGGUGCAGUUUCUGCUCAUUGAUGGCAACUCCACCAACGUCACGACGGUCAGCCUCUGGGAUGAGAUCUGUCACAGCAACCUCUCCUCCCUGCGCCUCCUGGACAUGAGCCAGAACCAGGUCUGGUACCUGCCGGAGGGUUUUCUGGCCCAGAUGCCCUCCCUGACCCACCUGAAGCUCAACCAGAACUGCCUGGAGACGUUUCACCUGGCGGAGGGGGACCCCUUAGCCAUGCUGAUGGAGCUGGACCUCAGCCAGAACCAGCUGGAGGAGCUGGGGGCGGAGGUGGGCGCCGGGGACGUCCUCCCCAACCUGCAGCUCUUCAACCUCAGCACCAACAGGCUGCGGGCGCUUCCUCCCGGCGUUUUCACCUCCAGCAGGAAGAUCGCUACGGUGGACCUCAGCCGCAACCGGGUCGACCUCUGUCCCCAGCCAGCCCUCGCGGGCGAGGCGGAGAGUCCCCCCUGCGUGGACAUCAGGGGUGUCAAGACCUUGACUCAUCUCUCCUUGGCUGGCUGUGGUCUGCGGGGACUGGGCGGCCACCCCUUCCAGGGGACGUCGCUGAUGUACUUGGACCUCUCCGAUAACCACCAGGCACUGUCCAGGGACCUGGGGUGGCUGCAGGACCUCGCUCUGACGCUGCGGGUGUUGUCGCUGAGGAACACCAACCUCUCCUCCGUCGCGGUGGACUUCUCGGCCUUUAACAGCCUCGUCCGCUUGGACCUUUCGGGGAAUUCCUUGCCCGUCUUCCCCACCUCGCUGGGCGUCCUGAAACUGCGCAGCCUGGACCUGCGGGCCAACUGCCUCCCGGCUCUGCCGGCGGACGUCGCGCGGACGCCGCUGGGCAGGAGCCUGCGGGAGGUCUACCUCAGCCGAAACCCCUACAACUGCUGCACGCUGGGCUGGUGGGACUCCCUGCAGCAGGUCGAGGGCUUGCACGUCCCCGACGGGCAGGAGGUGACGUGCAGCUACGCCUCCCGUACGCUGAGCCCCAGGGCGCUGCCCGAGCCCGUCCUGCGGAGCUGCCGGUGGCAGACGGCCGACCUGGCGCUUCUCUACCUGGUGCUGGCUCUGCCCACCUGCCUGACGCUCCUGGUCGCCAUCGCUGUCGUCUUCCUCACGCUGAAGGAGAAGCUGCUGAAAAUGGUGAAAAGCCGGUGCGGGGUGUCCAGCCCUUACUGAUGGCGGAGGAGGAGGAGGAGGAGGAGGAGGAGGAGGAGGAAGGGCUCGGGAACAGCGAACGAGAGCGGGCGGUUGGGAUUAGAGGCGAUAACCCCUCCGGGGUGGGUGGGAUGGAGAGCUGGGCGGCUGGAGGACCAGGGGGUGCUGCUGGUCCUGCCACGGAUCCCCUAAGGGUGCGCGAAGGGUGCGGGGCUGCGUCUGGUGAUGGAGCCUGGGGCUGUGCUGGGCAUCCUCAGGGGACACGUCUUCGGCAGAAACCUCCAGCUGAUGCUGGCGAGAGAUGAGCGGACGCAACGCCAAACGCCUCUUGGCAGGCAGGACACAGACCGUUUCCCCCAGCACUGUUUUUCCCCACCUUCAAGCAGUUCCUUUUAUUUAUUCACCUCCCCCCCCCCCCUCCCCCCCCCCCCCGUACCCAACUCGCUGCUGCAAAACCUCCUCCAGGUGUGCAACCGGUCUCCACGAAGCGCCCCGGGCUGGAGCAAACAUCACGUGGGAGCUGCGAAGGGUCUCCGUGCCCGCAGCUUCCCACGCCGCUCUUGCUGGCACCGGCAGACUCACAGGCAGCCCUGGGAUAAAAGACACAUUUUGGGGCGUUGUUGAUCGGUUAAACCACGUUCCUGGUUAGAAAAAGCCCAUUAAAAAUAGCCCAAGCUGCAACGAUAUAAAAUAUUGAUUGAAAGACGGGAGAAUAAAUUAUGUCACCGGUA